UUGCGUUGCCUUGUGAUGAGCUGUGUAUCCCUGAACUGCAUCUCCCAUGAAUCUGCCAGCAUCACUAAUUUUACUUGGGGUCCACAUGGUUCCGGAGAGGUUGUGAAACUCUUGCACCUGACAGGAUUGCUCAUCACUGUCUACAGACUGAUGCACAGCUCUAUCCUUCAUCAGAUAGCAGAAAACACAUCACAUUCAUUUCUCAGCGGAAUAAGAUUGCAUGGUAUAACCUCAGUGCGCACUCAGCUUCCUAUAACCAUGGAUAAACAGUUCACAGUGGUGUUUCGAAAUGUGGGGCAACUGUACUUCCCCCAAACCAGAGUGGAGUGCCACUACAGUCUGACCUCUGACCAUCAGUGGAGCAGCAAAGACUGGAUAGGGAUUUUUGAGAUGGGCUGGUCUUCAAUGAAAGAGUAUUACACAUAUACAUGGGCUCUUGUUCCUGAAGGGUACACCGAGGGAACCAGUGUAAACUGCUGUGCACUUUUUCACGCAUGUUACCUGCCCCGUCCCAGUACCGUGGAGUACCAGUUCGUGUACGUGGAUAAGAUGGGACAGGUGUGUGCCCGCAGUCGACCAUUCACUUUCUGUGCUCCCAAGCCGCUGGAGGAGCUGGAGACUCUGAAAGAGGAACGAGACGAGGAGGACGGCGAGGAGGAGCUGCUCCUGGUCAUCCCCAGGGCCCAGCUGCUGCAGAGUCGACUGGAGGAAUGCUUAAAAAAACAAGCCGAUUUACAGCAGGCUCUGGACGAGGCAAAAGAGGAGAGAGAGAGUGAGAAAGAGAACAGCAGAAAAGAAAGGAUGGAGUGGGAGAGUGAGAGAGAAGCAAUGACGGAGGAAAUCUCAGAGCUUAAGGACAACCUGAGACACAAGUGCGACCUGUUGAAGAAGAUGGAGGGAAAACACAAGGAUGUGAAGUAUAGUCAGGAAAAUCUGACCUCUGAACUGAGUAAACUUAUGGCUGACAAGGCUCAGAGCGAGCAGCGAAUCAAAGACCUGGAGGACGAUGUCACAGUUCUGACUGACAGGGAGAAAGAGGGAAACAUGGAACUGGAAAGGCUGAAGGAGAGAGUGAAGAAAAUGUCCAGUCAAAUGAAACACGAUGAGGAAAAGAGAAAGUCUCUGCAGGCGGAGAACGAGGCCGGUCUGGUGGAGGUGCGAGGGCUGCAGGAGCAUAUGGAUGCUUGCGAGCACGUAACCGAGACCCUGCGCAGAGAGCUGAGGGAGCUGGGCACCCGUCAGGCCCACACCCAGACCGAGCUGCACCAAGCCCGGCUGCAAGUGGCCCAGCUCACCCUGCAGCUGUCCGAGGAGAACCUGGUCUUCAGGGAGGAGCGCGCCAACUGGGCUCUGGAGAGAGAGGCUUACAAACACGCAGCAGAGACUGAGAAAAACAAAUUGCAAGAAGUGAGCUGUGAGGUGCAGAGGAAAGAGGACUGGCUCCAGGAGGAGAGGAUGGAGAGGGAGAAACUAGAAGUUGAGCUUGGGAGGGAGAGAGAUUGUAAUCGAGUGCUGCUGAGUGAUGCCAAGCGAGAGCUGCAGGAGCUGAAGGCCAGUCUGAGGAAAGCCCAGAUGGAGAGCGAGGAGCAGCAGCUUGAGAAACAGGACCUGGUGAACUACAUCUGUCGGCUGGAGCAAAGGUUGGGGAUUGUGCCAGAAACUAAAUCAAAUGAAGAAAUCGCUAGAUCUAUCUCUCCUGACUCUUCCUCUGAGGAUGACGAGGAUGCUUCCCCAGCUUCCUCCAGAUCAAUUUCUUCUCCUCUCUUCCUGUCCGCUCACCUGGAAUGGUCCAACGGAGAUGAGAUCCCUGCUGAGAUUCACAUCCAGAGCAAAAAAGACACACCAGCCUCCGACACACAGGAUGAGAAGAGGCAGCGCUGCGAGCCCCGAGCAGGAGAAGGGAAGCAACUGAUCCCACCAGAACUCAUCAACCCCAUCCUGAGUGAGCUGGCUGACUCCCCCAUGUGGUAACACACAGACGGAUGGCUGAACGGCAAGCUGUUUGUUUACCACUGCAAUGCACAUUCAUGAGAAACCCGGGUAACAUUUUGAGAUCAUUCUAUUGUUUUCUAGCUGUUCAUGCAGAUAAUGGCCUUCACAAAGGUCACAAUGUAGAUCCUUUAGCUUGUGAGUGCCUGAAUUCAAAGAAAACAUGGCACAAUUUGUCAGUGUUAAGUGUUUGUUUUAUCAGCCAGGCUAAUGGUUUUUCUUACUGGUUUAGAAUUAAAACUCAGGAUGAACACUGGGAGCUCAUAAGAUAUUUUUUGUCAGCAUAUGCGUCUCAUCUUCAUGUUAACAUUCAGACUUUCAUAUGCAGACACUAACUGUCCAGGAAUGUGUUUCAAUGUAUUUAAGACUUGAUUUAUAACUUUUUCUGGCUUUUUUUUUUUUUUUUUGGCUUUUGAGUUGAUUAAAAUAUGAAUAUGUUGUAACAUAUGUGAGAAAAAUAGCAAAAGAUGCCACAAUUAGCUUUAAUUUAACACAUUAGAUCCUGUUUUGGCGGCAUAACAGCCCCCUUUAACCUCUGCAUGUGAGUGUGAAUCCUGAAACCAUGUCAAAUGUGUGGGUGUGUGUUACAGACACGUGCGAAAUGUUCUGUUGCAACUUGUUGAGCAGAAUGUCGAGUUGGAAAAAACAUGUAGGUUUAUUUAUGAUACUUUUCUCUAUUGAUCUGAGGUUCUGUUGGAGUUCUUUAAUAAAACUGAUAAUAACCACA